AGAGAUAAACAAUCCGACAUUUCAUUGGCUCUUUUUCCCGCUUCAAAUUCGGGAAUCGCACCCAUCCAAUCAUCCGGAUUUCUACCUUGUGCUGACCCACAUCGGAUCCCAGAUAAGGUCGCUCUCGAAUUAUAUAGUCAUGCUCAUCUGUCCUCACAAGUAGCCAAGCCUAGCAAGCGUCGAGGUCGACCUCCUACAUGGUCUUCUCAGAUCAGUUUAACAGAUGACCAUUCACGGGCAACCAGGUACUGCCGGCGACGGGGCAGGCCUCCAAUGUGGUCUCGGCAGAUCAACUUACAAGGCGAUCAUGAGUCGUCUCAAAUGUUUCUUUCCUAUGACAAGGAACAUAAAGGUCACGACUCAGAGAUUUGUCAGUCUAGACGGACACCCUUUGGUGAAAAUGUCUGUGAGGUCCAAGCUCAAUUACUUUCAACAGAGAAGAUUGGUGGGGGUAUUCAGGUUUUGAAUCUUACUCACAUGGUCACUCAAGAAAGAGAGGAAGAUGAUGUUUAUCAAAAUGACGUUUCUGGCAAUCGUUUUUACGCUUGCCAUCUAUGCGACUUUAUAAGACCGCGAGGUAAGAUGAUCUGA